AUGCCACGGCGCUGUGGAGACGCAAGUCUUCAAGCCGCCACAUGGCAGCAAGAUCCUCAGGUUCGCGAGCUGUGCCACAUAGGAGAGCAUCCCUCUGCUACUUUGAUUUCUUUUGUCGAGGCUUUGAGACGUAUUGAGAGCAUGAGAACCCGGCGCUCAUUGGCCAAAGAAGAUCACGUAUCACAGGAGGCUUAG